UCUUAAUGCAAUCAACAUGAAAGCAACUGUUGAAGAUGAAAAACUUCAGGGCAAGAUCAAUGAUGAGGACAAACAAAAGAUUCUUGACAAGUGCAAUGAAAUCAUCAAUUGGCUUGAUAAGAACCAGACUGCAGAGAAGGAAGAAUUUGAACACCAGCAGAAAAAGAUGGAGAAGGUCUGCAAUCCCAUCAUUAGCAAACUAUACCAGAGUGCAGGGGGCAUGCCAGGAGGAAUGCCUGGAGGCUUCCCUGGUGGUGGAGCUGCUCCCUCUGGUGGUGCCUCCUCUGGACCCACCAUCAAAGAGGUUGAUUAAGCCAACCUGAGAAUAGGUCUAGCAUUGUUCCACAUAAAAUAUUCGAGGACCAAAUUUGUA